CAUAGGUUGGAGAAUUCCCUCUGUGUGGUGGGGUUUGAGGAGGGUGAGACACAGAGACAUCAUGUUGAGAUGGCGAAGGAUCUGGUCGGCCCCGACAAGAGACUUCAGAUGAAGUCCGUGGUUGUUACGUCUCCAGAUUCCUUAGUCAACAUACCGCCAUCUAAAAUCCUUUUGAUGUUUGUGGACUACAAUGAGAGGAACUUGAUAAUAGAGGAGGCGGAAGACGGAAUACGGAGACGAACAUUGGAUGUACUGAUAAAAAGUGGAGCUGAAGUGAUCGUGGUGUACUGCUGGGAGCUAUCCUCGAAGAAUUUAGAGGAGGGAUACCUGUAUGCCCCUAAAUUAGGUUCCGUCAGCAAAGUUCCCAGACUGAUUGAGCUCAGUAGGAAGAACUCUGUCUACAGUAUUUACAAACAAUUCAAACAGCACCAAAAGUCCGCCUAUCAAAGGAAACUAAAAGAGCUUGAAGACUUCAUCAAAUAAUUUUUUGUACUAGUAAUAUGAAAAUUACUUCAAAUUAUUUAGUUGAAUUUUAUCUUUUGAUCUCAAUUCAAAAUAAAUCUCAUUAAUAUCAACUACAAUUAAUGGAUUAAUUUAAGGAAGGGUAUUUUUAAUUUAUUAGUUUUUUUUUUGUAAGUUAUAGACACUGUACUGCAGUAUAGCAUACUCGUUUUCUGCCUCUUUUUAUGAAUAAUAACUAUGAAGUUUACGUUAUUGAUAUUACAAAAUGUUUUGUACUAUAAUAAAUAUUUAAAUUUACUGUUGCUGUUUUAUCUCUUUGAAUACUAGUAUAUAUUAUGAAAUAUUUUUCAUCUAGUUUGCCAUCCAUGGAUAAAUUGAAACAAAUACUAAGUAAGUUACAUUAUAUUAAAGGUGAAUUCACAUUUAUCCAGGUGGUCAUUAAAAUACGGGAUGCUUCCAUAGUUACAAUUAAACCCAAUUCUGCUUGAAAGAUCUUAUAAGAGUAUCACAAAUGUACUUAAGAAUUGAGUGCACAUAACUUGAUUGCAAAUUUAAAAUUAAACUCGGCUUUUCAUGCCAUUUUACAUUUGUUAAAAAAGAUAUACAAAUAGUACAUGUUGCAUGCUUUACAGGUUUUUAAAACCCCCUUUCAUUCUGCUAUCUUUUUUUAUUUAAAAUUUAAAAGUUUGAAUGUACAUUUUAAAAAAAACAUACAACAUGUGGUACUAUUUAUUGUAAAGCUUCUGAAGAUCUGG